CUAGCCGCGUCGCUCAACGUCAAGAAUCAAGAAUCAAGCUUACUGAACAUCAUUCAACCCAACGCCGAUACCCUCACGCCUCAUUCCUGGAGGAUCACACAGAGCUGCUCUGCUCCUGCUGCUGGCCGACUGAAUUUGUGUGUGAAGGGAAAGAAAAACGUUGCGGCUUGCGAGAGACCAGCGGAAGCCCAGAUGGGCAUUGCUUCGUGUUCGUGAGCUGACUGGAUUAUCUUGAUACCACCCCGUGCUGCAUGUCACCGAUACUCAAGUCGACAUCAGUGACGCUAUCGUCAAUUGAGGAGUGGAUGGGAACAUGGCAGGAGAGCAAUUCGUUAGGUCCCCCACCUCCUCAACCACCUCCUCGGCCACCUCCUCUGCUCGCAAUCCAUUCCGCGCCUCUUCUGGCGGCCCUAGCUUUAGCUACAACCUCCACGGGGAGGCAAAGAAGAUAAGCUCUGGACCCUACCGUGUUUACCAAACCAUCUUCGAAAGAGCGUGUUCGGAAUCGUACUAUAUCCUCGACGAUGCCGCCAUCAAAAUAGUGAAGCUGUCUGGACUCCAUGACACAGAUCUGGAGAGCCUCUGGGAUGAUGCUCUUGGCGCGACGUAUCAGCCUUCUUUGCCAGCUAGGUCACGGCAAGGCUUUCUCAACCGAGAUGAGUUCUUCAUACUCCUUGCUAACCUUCAGACAAAGCUUGGUAUGGGCGAUGAUUUGUUCCAGCAGAGGUUUGCAGCCUACCAGGAACCAGAUGCUCUGCGAGGGAGCCCCUCAACUACAUACUCGUAUACGAUUGGACUUGAUGAACAGCAUGAGGGCACGCGGUCGCCUGACAAUUCCCAGCAGACAAAGUUGAUCAUAACCAGGAAGCCGCUUUCCAGAGGUCAACUAAUCAAGUCGUGGAGUAUCAGUGAUUCCAUCGGAUCAGACCACGUUCAAGUUAGCGCUCCAGACCACGAGGAGACAUACGCAGACGGAUUUACAGAAUAUCACUCGCCGACGUUUCAGAACCGACUCCCAUCGUUUAACGUUGGGCUUGACGAUACUGGAAGUGGCAAACAGCCACAGCUAGGGGUCUCUUCUUCUUGGGUUUGCUCUAAAUGCACACAUCGAAAUUUGUUUGAUAGCCUUACUUGUGGUGUAUGCGAUUUCCGACGGAACCUAGAUCUGUCGUCCGAUAAAAUAUUAACAGACGACCUCCAUGGAAGCUCGACAACUCCAACAACCUCCGUACGCCAACAGAAUUCAUUGCAGGAGCCGGUAGAUGGAAUGGACUACAAGGAGGCAGUCCGGUUUUCUCUCCCUACAAUGCCCGAGGUCGUGGUCCCUACACUGCCCGAGGUCGUGCUCCCUACACUUCCUGAGGUCGUUCUCCCUACACUCCCUGAAGUCGUGCCUGAAAUCGAGUCUGGACUCGAGCCAGUGGAGACGACGAGAGAAGUGACAACGCCAAUACGGAACCCUCGCCUGAAUCCUGGUUUCCAUGAUAUCGAUGCACCAAUCGCUACCCAAGACAGCGAUGCUCAGGCACUUGCUCUCAUCGCGGCCCGGGAGCCUCAGCAAGCUCAGAAGCCCCAGCCAAAGAAGACGGCACUCAACAUCAAAAAAUUUAGUCGUAGCAUUUUGUCAGGCUCAAGGAAGUCAGAGAAGUCAGAAAAUUCCCACUCGGACCCGGACUUGGCCGCUAAUGGAUUCUCACUCGGUGGUCUGGCGAAAAUACUUGGGGAUGCGGCCGAAGCAGGAAAUUUGCCGCUUGUUGCUUCUAUCUUGAAAUUGGGUGCAGAUGUAAACUACUCGUCGCGGAAGAAGGAGGUGUGCCAUUACGCUGCUACGCGAGGUGUUACUUCGAAUAACGACCACGUUGUGGAAUACCUGUUGUUGAAAGGUAUGAACAAAAAAUCUGCCGCGAAUGCACUACACCAGGCGAUCAUCAGAGGAAACUGCACAGAAAUCGCUAUGAAGCUUGUGCCAUAUGCAGACUUCAACUUCAUGUGGGCAGUGAAAGGGGAUGGGGGAAAAACACAGGAGUCUUGUCUUGGGGCUCUCAGCCGGAUGAAUGACGAAGGAAAUCGGGAUAGGUUACAUCUCCUACGCCUGAUGAUGGAGCAGCCAAGUUUCGAUGCGGACCAGCCUGCCAUGUUACUCGAAUCGGCUUCCGAAAAGGUCGCACUGUCAAUUCUUGGUUGCUUUGCCCAACAUGCAGGCUUCGCAGCCGUCGAAUCUCUCCUUCUUCAACUCGGGGACAACUACAAGGUCACGCGGCAGCAAAGAUACGGCAGCCCCUAUGUCCACGUUGAUCCUAUUGCCUGUAUCAGCGUCAAUUACUGGCAACGAGAACCGAAGCAAGCACUGGAACUGGUCCAUCUUCUCAUGAAGCACGGAUCACGGAUUACAGGAGUCGUGGAGAAAUAUACACCCCUUGUUCCUGCAAUCGUGGCGGGUUGUGUAUCCGGGGUGCGGCUGCUCUUAGACAUGGGCGCAGAUCCCGAGUGCGUGAUGUGUACCGUUGGCUGGUCCACGCCGCUUUCUCCACUGAGUUAUGCAGCGCAGGAACCCUCAAUCAGCAUAGAAAUAUGUCGUACGCUUGUUUACAAAGGGGCAACGCCAUGGCGAUCAGAUGACCAGGGAAGGACUGCACUCUAUUGGGCUUGUCAUGGAGGGAACUUUGAGGCAAUCAAGUACCUGUACACGUUAGACGUGGCACGCAGCAAUAUCAGCAAAUGCUUGGAGGCGGCUAUCGAUUCGCACAAUCCAGAAGUAGCCAGAGAGUUAGUGAAUAUCGGCGCCUGUGCCACGGCUGCAACUUGGAAACACGUCAUGUCAACCAAACCUGUUGGGCACCGAAGAAACACCUAUCUCGAAAUCAUCGACAUCCUCCUCUCCACGAAAACAAAGUUGCAGCGAGAGCUCGUCCUCGCCGCCAUCGACCACCAGAAUUUCUGGGGGCUGAGUAGGAUUCUCGAAACUCGGAACGGGAUCCUAGAUUUUGACAAGGACGCCAUGUUUGCGAAUCCGCGGUGGUCUGGUACCGUGUGCAGGGCCAAUAGAUCCUUUGGUCCGAGGGCUAAGAAAUAUGGGUGGGGGACGAGAAAGGACUUGCAAACGUGUUUAGCAUAUGCGGUGGAGAGGAAUGCGCAUGAUAUUAUUGCGUUGUUGAAGGGUUACGAGUGGGAGAAUAACGCGGAAUGCGAGGCGGGUUGCAGCUUGAAACUUUGGGAGGAGGCUUGUCUGAGCACGCCACCCCAUAGAGUUCAAAACGGCUAUAGUAUAGAGGUUGCGGGAGGGAAUAAGAGCGCUGUUUAAAUGUGAUUAGAAGAGGCUUUUUACCAGAAAUAUUAGUUGUUAAUUAUAAUAUAUUUGAUCAAGCC